AUGACUUUCUCGUCACAAUUCUCAGCAAUCAGAAGCUCGAAAGCGUUCAUUCUCUUUACUGUCUGUACAGCAUGUUUGACGGAUGGCUUCACAUAUGGGCUCGUCGCGCCAGUCAUUCCGUUCCUCUUGCAGGAUGAGAACUUAGUUGCUGAGAAGAAUGUCCAGAUCUCCACGUCGCUACUCAUAGCAGCCUUCUCAAUUGCAGACUUCUUCGGGGCACCUUGCUGCGCAUGGUAUGUUGACAGAGCGAAGUCUCGCCGUGUCCCAUGGUAUCUCGGCAUUGUUCUCAUUACAAUGGGGAGUUUCUUGUUCGGCUUCUCCAACAACAUCGCCAUGCUAGUCUGCAGUCGCGUCCUUCACGGGCUUUCGUCAUCCAUCCUGUACACCGUGGGUCUAGCCGUACUUGUGGACACUGUUGGCAAGGAUGAAGUUGGCCAAUGGAUGGGCACCGCCAUGAGCUGCAACAACAUCGGCAUGAUCAUAAGCCCUAUGCUAGGCGGCAUUGUGUAUGAUAAGUCAGGCAAGCUCGCCGUGUUCGCCAUCAUGAUCAGUCUCGGUGCCUUCGACAUCAUACUGCGUCUGCUGAUGAACGAACCGCCGAAGAAGCUGCCAUCAGUGACCGUCAUCAGGGAACUGGAAAGCGCUCACAGCGAUGAGAAGUCGAAAUCCAAUGCCAGCCCUGUCAUUGUCUCAACUUCGUCCAUCUCCGACAGCGACACAGCCAGCACCUCCCAGCCCUCCAUAAAGCAAAUCCCCACCGGCCGCCUUCCAGGCAUCUUCACGUUAAUACGCUCGCCCCGCCUCCUCGCCGCCAUGUACGGCAUCUUCAUCAACGAAUGUCUCGUCGCCUCCCUGUGCGCCAUCCUACCGCUCUUCGUCCACUCAACAUUCUCCUGGACUGCGCUCCCCGCCGGUCUGCUCUUCCUCACCAUCGCGAUCCCCGCGUUCGCAGGUCCACUCGCAGGCUGGCUCAGCGACCGCUUCGGCGCUCGCUGGGUCGCAGUCCCCGGGUUCUGCGCCGCGACUCCGCUGCUGGUGCUGCUGCGUCUGGCAGACCACGACACAUUGCAGCAGAAGAUCCUGCUGUGCGCGUUACUCACGUGUGUGGGCGGCAGUUUGAUUUUCUUCCUCGCGCCGCUGGGCGCGGAGUGCUCGUUUGUUGCGGAGGAUGUGAGUGCGCUGUCAGGGCUGGAUUUGUACGCGAGUAGUUUCAGUUUGAUGAACUGUGCGCUUGCGGCGGCGGGGUUACUGGGGCCGUUGGCGGCGGGCGGGUUGAUGGAUGGCGCGGGGUGGGAGUGGACGACGGUGGCGAUGGGGGUGUUUUGUGCGACUGGGGUGGUGCCUUGUGUGCUUGCUAGUGGAGGGAGGAGGAGGAAUGUGGUAGAUGAUGAUCAAAUUGCGUAG